CCGGGGUUGAGAGCGCCCCUGGAGUAGUAAGUGUUGGGUGCGCGUCAGACAUUUUCCUGCGGUUGGGGGAUUUCUUGCGUGUGAAGUAUUGUGUUAUGGGUAGGAACAUCAAAAUGACUGUCUACAUCGAACAAGAAACUUUUUAUGUAUAAUUGUAGCUUCUCCAUGCGACAGCCUCAGAUGUAACAUGCCAGAAAACCAAGCGUCUAAUGCCAGGCUGCAGCUGCAUGACAAAGUGUUGUACACUGCAUGGAAAGGACAAUUAUACAUCCAGGACCAACUAGUGUGUGAUAUAGCACUCCAGUCACCUUCCAGUUACUGUAUUCCGGCUCAGGUGUCAGCGAAGCUUCAUAUUAAAGAAGUAAUCAGAUUGCAUGACCUGAGAAAAAAAUUACCACAGGGCAUAUUUGAGAACACAGAUUUCACAGGGCAGGAAGUAUGUUGUGAAAAUGUCUACUACAGCUUUUAUCAAGUGUUGACCUCUAGUGUCUCUGGAAGUUGGUUAGGCAAGUUACAAAUAUGGAUGCAAGAUAAAGACCUGGCAGUCAUCAAGUUCAUAAAUGACCAAGGGUUUCUCAUUUUGAUGCCAGCCACUGUAUUCCAUUCCAGCAAAGAUCUGAGUCAGAGCCAUACCUCCAGUCUCUGUGCCCUGUUUUUAUUUCCUCGUACACAGUCAUUAGGCAAGACAGAAAGAGAAGAAUGUGAAAAUAAGUUUACCAAAAAAGAACUUUCUCUAAAAGUAACAAGACUGUUGCCAGGUCUUCAGUAUGCCAUUAGGGAGGCGAGCCAUUCACAUCAUGAGAAUGAACCUUACCCUGAUGCCUUGGUAGAACGAUAUUUUAAAAGGCAUGCCCUUCCCCAGAGGAAAAAGGACACCCUUCUAGAGAUUGAAAGACAUCUUGGGGACACUCCACCUCUUUUGAAUAAUUUCCCCAGUGAUAAAACAAGCGACUGUGCGCAGGAAAAGUGCAAACCAACGGCCUUUGCCCAACUGAAGUCGUACUUCUCAUCCCCUGUUAAUUUCUGUAUUUCACUGCUAAAAGCAUAUACGCUUGCUACAGAAAAACUGUCCAACUCUAAUGAUAAUACUGUCUCUAGGGCUGCAGGUGUUAAUAACGCCUUAGAAUCUAAGCUGUCUUUAGCAGCCGGUACUAAAGUUGAAGCUGAAAUUGCGGAUGUACCAAAGGGAAAAGGACACUUGCACCAAAGCAAAAAGAAAGCAAGCGUAGAAAUCCAAUCUAAAAAAGGCACGAGUAAGAGUUUACAGAACGCUACUCUGUUGCGCUCUGAGGGAAGAGAGGACAAUUCUAAUUACAAAAAGCAAAAAAUUUACGUUGAAAAAUCUGCCAGCACUACAAGCAAAACGAUGGUUAAGCUUGCCAGUGUAGACUACUCACAGAGAAGAAAAAGAGGAGCUGAAACACUUACUGCUGAGUUUGUGCAGGAAAAACAGGACAUACUCAUGGAGACAACAGCUUCUGAAAAGAGGAGAAAAAACGAGCUCCCUUCCAGGAUAAUGCCAGCACAAACCAGAAAAAGAACAGGACAUCAAGACCAACCUUCUGCGUCUGCUAGACCUCAAAAACGCAAGGCUUCACAACUUGCUAAUGAAAAUGAACCGUCUGCGUCUAAUACCAAGCCGGAAAGCCCAAGAAAAUCCGCAGAGGUAGCGCUGAGUUCUAAAAAGACUAAGCCGAGAAAAUUGAAACGUGAGCCAUGCAACUCAUCUAACGAUUUAAAGGAUGCACCUGAGCAAAACACCAGGACGUCAUUACGUUCUCCUGAUUCUCCAACAGCAAAUAUCUUUGAAAAGAGGAUUAACAUGUAUGAGUCGCAUGCUUUAAACCUCUUGGCUGACCUGGCUUUGAACACCAUCAGUUUAUCUAGUAUACUCACUGACCAAGAGAACGGUGUUUUAUCAGAGCAUAUGUUGGCAGAAAAAAAAGACAACCUGGAAAGUGAAAUAGCUGGUGUUCACAAAAGUAAUCCAGGAACGACUUUCACAACUCCAGUGCCUUGCAGUCCUCCUCAUCUUACACCACCCUUGGAACGUGAGUUGGCGUUGGAGACCAAACAAGACCAGCCUGAAAACUGUGAUGCCAGCCAGGUGACCGGCACUUUACUGCCCAGUGUGGAAAAACACAUUUUAUCAAACGUUCAUGAUCCACUUGCUAAGGCACAGAAUUGUAAUAGCGUCACAAGCAAGAUUUGUCUUGAGCAUUCAUACUCCCAGCUUCCUCUAGAAGAAACAUUUGCCAGCCCAAGCCCGGUAGAGCCGAAUGAGCCUUCUGCAGAGAUUGUGCCCAGUCCUCCCAGAAACUUGCAUUUCCCUAGCGAAGUUGUAUGUCUAACCAACGAUAAUCGGGAUCUGUCCUCCGUUGUAAAUAAAGAAUCACGGACUGUGUUGCAAAAUGGGGAUAAGUUACUGAUUACCUUCAACUGGGAAGCAGAAUAUAAUUUUGAGUCGGACAGCAAAUUUACAAGCGAUUCCUUGGAGAAGACUAUAAAUCGAGCUCUGCAUGGACCAUGGAAUACUUACCUAAAGGAGAAGGUGGAGGACGUGAAAAUAAUCCUUCAUAUGUGGUUAGCGCUUUUUUACAGCAAGUCUAACAAGCAAUUAAACAGCAGUUCACGGAAAGUGGUGGAACACAGCAACCCUGCCAAAUAUGUGUCUAUUAAUACCAUCGUAGACACGUUUGACUUGUAUAAAUUUGUGGAGUUCGGAGCAGUUAAAGUUGGGCAGACACCUAAAGCAGGUUCUCUGGAUCCCAAUGUAAAUGUUCCUCUCAGUAAAAUAAGUAAAGUCAAGAAAGGAAGGUCACUGGCACAUACUGCACGCAAAUCUGGUGCAAAGAAACAAAGGAUUUCGUUAAAGAAAGAGUUAAGGGAUGUUGGCGGUGUACUACAACAGGUGGAUUCAGAUAAAAGCGCACAAGAGUGUCCAAAAAUGUUUGUUAGUUCACGUAAAUUGCAGCAGAAGAGCACUUGUCAAACGGGUCAUUUAGCAGCUUUAAAUACAAAUGCAGUUCAUGACAACAAAGAGUCGGCCGCCGAGGAAGACAUCAAUAUCUCUAGUCUGCAGAAAGCUGAGGUUGUACCUUUAAAAGGUCCAAAUAAGAGCAAGCCACGUAUCAGCAUGACAAAAGCUGCUUUUCUGUCUGAUGGACAUGAAACACAGUUGGAGAGGCUUAACUGCUACUCGAGUUCUCCUAAAUGUAAGAACGUACCCGACAUCAAUAACUUACCUUUACCGGAUGUGGAUAAGAGUAAGAGUGCUGGUGGGGUCCUCAAAACUACAAGACUAUCUUUACCGGUUGAAGAGGAUUAUGAACUAGACAAAGCCGUUACGUCCGCUCAUUCAUCUAAGAGAAAAACUCUGGUACACGUAGAAGAGAAUGUGAAAAACUCAGAAUCUUUAGUAUCCCAAAAUGAAAAGGACCAGGCCGAAUCAGGAAAUGACAAUGAAUAUCCACCUUCAACUGAAUGUGAGGCUGAGCCUUUAUGUAAAGUAAACAUAGACAUAAACACUGAUGGGAAGCAUGACGCUCAAGACGUCUCAUUGUGGAACACUAAGAAUAAUGCAGCGGCAACUAACCGGUCUGUCUGUAAAACCAGUUCAAAGAUGGACUUGGAGAAUGGGAUUGAUUCCAACUAUACUGUUAGUCGUUCCAGUUCUUUGAGUGACGUCGUUCGUGAACCAUUGGAUCUAUCCCCCUUUGCCAGUAACUUUUCGAAAAGCGAUGGCAAAGCUGAACAUGGGAGCGACAUUAACUCUUUCGAUAUUGUUUCUCUGGUUACUGGAAAGAUAUCAAAGACUAAACAAGGAGAGUCCCAUAUGACAAUCGUUACUAAAGAGGAUACUGAAGAAGGUAGUGGGGAAAAUGGUAACUUAAAUCUUAGUGACAACAUUGCUGCGAAUUCAGAAUCAGAGACUAUAAAAAUGGACGCACCUAACAUUCACAAAGGGGCUUCUCUGUGUGAAAGCGAGGAGCCUGCCUUGUCUGUUGCACAGAAAAAAGCUAAGGCUUCUGGACAAGACGUAAUAGACUUUAACCCGAGCGGGAAAGCAUGUGAUAAUUGUGCCGAGGACUCCAUUGCGCCCCAGGAAAAUCAGAAUGACUUUAUGGGACAAUCCAUCGUCGCAGUCCAAACGAAAAGUUUUGCAGAAGAGAAACAGGAGGAAAGUGCGUGGAUAAACGAAGUUCAGAAGAAUGAGAAAUCUGGGAUCUCUGAGAAGGAUGUGGAACCCCUUGCAUCUACCUCAAAUGAGGAUAAGCCAAGUAAUAGUGUCAAUGAUUAUUCGAUGGAUAGCGUAACAAGAGAAGAGCCUGAAAUAUCAGUUGAGACCUCUUUGGAGCUUCCAUGCCCUGAGAUCACUGCAGACCUUCACAUGCUAGAGUCAGCAGACAAUAUAUCCGGGUUAAACACUUCAAACGUGGAGAAGGAAAAUGUAAAUUCCAUGGAAAUAAUGGACAAUGGUGAAAGUGACCAGUUAAAUAAGCUUGAAUCUAAAGUAUCUCCUGUCGAAAACGUUAGUAAUGAUGUUCACUGUGUGGAGGAUAUGGAGAGGGAGGCUGAGCUAGCUGAGAAAGUAAUGUGUCAUGAUGGACUAGAAUCACAAGGAGAUGCUGCUUUGAUCUCAGACAACACCUCUAAGCCUAGAACUGUCUGUUAUCAAAGAAAUUAUGGAAAUGUGUCAAACGAAGCAGUGAUCACAGAUAAUGAAUGUGAAGUCCAGGUGUACUGUUUAAAUGAAGAAUCAAAGCUACCAGAUGUUCUACCAAAUAGUGGUCAGGUGGAUGCAUUCUGUCAGGUAAAGGUUGAUGUUAUUGAGAGUGGUAAAUCAGACAAUGGAAUUUGUGUUGGAAGUGAAAAGUCUGACGUUAAUACAUUAACCGAAGAACCCUACUUCGACGAUGGCUUAGUGAAAGAUGUCAGCAGUACGGUAGAUUGUAAUCUGAAGGAGAAUAUUUCUGAUUCCCAUGACCAUCGUGGGCCACUAGAUACCAGUUGUGCAGAAAUGAGUAGAAGCUGUGGAUCAACGGCAACAGCACCGAGUGAAAAUAUCAUAUUAAACACUGUGACGUUGGAUGAUGCACAUCCAGUAUAUGCUAAACACGAUGAACAUGCAGCGAUUGAGUUGGCUGACAAAAUAGUUGAAGAUAAGCACACGGAAGUAUUCAACCUGAAAAAUAGUCAUGAAGAACUGUCUGACGUUCAUAGUGAUAAAUGUUAUUCUGACAUCACUGACGUGUCUGCUGGCUGUACAAGUCCCGAUAGAGACAAGGCAAUUGACGGCAACACAUGUGAGGUGAUUAUCCUAGACAGCAGUACACCUGAGGAAUCACAGUCUCCCGCAGACGCAUCUGACGCGCCUGAUCAAAAUAAAGGCACACCUCCAACCCAAGGACUAUGUAGCGAGAGUAUGGCACAAAAUAUUAUCCAGGAACAUUCGGAUAUUUGCUUCAUAGCUAGCACUGCAAGUAUAAGUAAGGAACAAUAUGAACACUGGUCGGAAACUUCACAUAAGGACAUAACGUUUAUCAAACAUUAUGAGGAUCAUCAAGAAGAUAGAAAUGACCCAGGGGGGACAAUUAGCAUGACUCCUCCUAGGGAACCUGAUACUUUGUGUCCAAGUUCACCAACUGAAAAUAUAAUGGUCCCCCAUGAACCUACCAAUACAAAAAAGCCAAAGUGUUUAGGAAACCAGCGUGAUUCUCAAUCUGUGUGGGACACAGAUGAGUACUCAAGAAGGUACCACAGACGCUCAGAUUAUCGCUGCUCUAGGAGUUAUAGAAAUGUCACUAUUACUCACAAUGCAAAAGACACCGAUACAGCCUUACAUACAGCACACAGGGACACAUGCGUUUCUGGCAAGUCUGCCCUGGACAGUUUAUUUUUCAAUCGAGGGAUUAUUUCAGAUGACCUCACACAAAACACUCUUGAUAUGGAGCACUUGCGUUUUAUUCAUAGGUUGAAAGGGGUUUUACGAAAUGCCCGCAUUGAAAAUGUCUACAAUGAAACGCCUUGUCAUACAAUCUUUGGGUCAAGGAGAACUCCUGGUUAUUCCAGGCCUGUCAAGAAAGCCAGUCCCCUCCUCAUUACAAUACAUUGUUCAAGCAGGAGAAGAGACAAAAUAAGACAUGACAGAGGGCAUCCAAGCACCUAUUAUCCCCACACAAGGGAUGAAGAAGAACUAGUGGACAGACCAGCAUACUACAGUAGAACUUCAGAUACCCAAGUCAGAACAUGCAGGACAUGGUCACCUUUCCACUUCAGACGGUUAAAGUAUGAUAAUGGAUUUGCAAAAUCUAACAGUGACAUUUCAGGGAUUCUUAAGGAAUGUGUUCAGUCUCAUCGGUUAAAGAUGAGCAGGGUUAGUUUGGGUAACUCUGCAAUGGGUUGUACAGAGAACAGAGAGCCGGCAGAUGCGUUCCUACAUUCAAGAAAGACAUUUGUUCCGGUUUACCAAAAACCUCCAGCUGUUACGAACAUAAUUGCAGAUGUCUGUAGCAGUCUUCAUUUUAAGUUACAGAGUGUUGCAAAAGAAUGUAACAGAAGGAAUCUUGGGUUUUACAUCCAUGAAACCAACGAUGACCCCUUCUUCUCUACGACAAAGAGUUUGUUGGAGGAGAAAGGCUACACCACGGUGAAUUUGCAGCACUUCUGUAACAGUAAGCAUGCCGACUCGGAUAAUCUACUGAUUGUUAUAAGGAAUGAAGAUAUAUCUUCUCAUAUUCACAAGAUUCCUUGCUUGCUGCAGCUAAAGCUUCUACCAAACGUAUCGUUUGCUGGUGUCGACAGCCCAGAAGACAUAACAGAUUCUCUGUAUGAGAAAUUGUUGCAAGAUGGUGGAUUUGUGGUUUCUGAUCAAUCUGUUUUGGAAACAAUGUCCUUAGCGACACUAAAAGAAGUUGCUGCAGUGCUGGAGAAGUUGAACCAAACGUCCCCUUGGAAGUGGCUCAUUCAUUUUAGAGAGAUGAGAAAACUGAAAGAAGAUAAAAGAGAAGAAUCUGUUUCUCAGAUGAAGAUGCGGGUGCUGAAAUUGCACAAAACAAUGAACAAUGUUGAAAUUCUGCCUUAUCAUCAGUGUGACUCGCGGUUAAAUGGCCAUACGGAGAAUCUUAGCUGUAUGUUUAAUCUCCAGGGUCAGCGUAUCCAUUCAAGGCUUGCAGUGUAUUUGACAGACAAGCAUUGCCCGAUCGUAGAUGAGUUGGAGCACAAUGGAAUCUUGGUGUUUGAGGUUGACACCUUCCUCCGAAGAAUCCAGAAACUGGAUGCACAGCUUCAAGCUUUCUGGUGA